UUUUCUUGAAGAUCAGGCCCUCUGGAUAUGCUGCUGCUCUUUAUUCUAGGACUUUUUGUACAUCUUGUGUUCUUUGCUUCCAUCUUUGACAUUUAUUUCACGUCCCCUUUGGUUCAUGGGAUGUCGCCACAGUUCACACCACUACGUCCUCCAGCAAAAAGACUAGUGCUCUUCGUUGCUGAUGGUCUGCGAGCAGAUGCGUGCUUUGAAUUAGAUGAAAAUGGAAAUUCUAGAGCCCCAUAUAUUAGGAGUAUCAUAAUGAAUGAAGGUAGCUGGGGCAUAUCUCAUACACGGAUGCCAACCGAGUCUCGACCUGGCCAUGUUGCCCUCAUCGCUGGAUUUUAUGAAGAUGUCAGUGCAGUUGCCAAAGGAUGGAAGGAAAAUCCUGUAGAAUUUGAUUCUCUUUUUAAUGAGAGCAAGUUUACAUGGAGCUGGGGAAGUUCAGAUAUCCUAUCUAUGUUUGCCAAAGGUGCUAGUGGGAACCAUGUUUUUAUGGAUGGUUAUGCUUCUCGCAGUGAAGAUUUUGCAGCCAGCGACGCAGCACACCUGGAUACCUGGGUUUUUAAUACCUUUAAGGAAUUUUUUCACUCUGCCAAAAAGAACCAGACUUUGUUUCAGCAACUAAAUGAAGAGAAAAUAGUUUUUUUCCUACAUUUGGUGGGAAUAGAUACAAAUGGACAUGCCCACCGGCCAUCCUCAAGGGAAUAUAAAGAUAAUAUUAAAAAGGUUGAUGAAGGAAUAAAAGAAAUUGUAUCCAUCCUAAAUAAUUUUUAUGGAAAUGAUGGGAAAACAGCAUUUGUCUUUACCUCAGACCAUGGAAUGACAGCAUGGGGCAGCCAUGGAGCAGGUCAUCCUUCAGAAACUUUAACUCCUUUUGUCACUUGGGGAGCUGGAAUCAGGUAUCCCCAAAAAGUGUCAGCUCAGCAAUUUGAUGAUGCAUUUUUGGAAGAAUGGAAGUUAGAGAAAUGGAAGAGACAGGAUAUCAAUCAGGCUGAUGUUGCACCACUGAUGGCUUCUCUCAUCGGCGUCCCCUUUCCCCUUAAUUCAGUGGGUAUUCUUCCUGUGAAUUAUCUUAACAACACUGCUUUUUUCAAAGCAGAGAGUAUGUUUACAAAUGCUGUACAAAUUCUUGAACAAUUCAAGGUGAAAAUGACUCAGAAAAAAGAAGCAACUUUAUCAUUUUUGUUUACUCCAUUUAAGUUGCUUUCUGAUUCUCAGCAGUUCGACCUUUUAGCAAAAGCAAGAAUGAAUAUAAAGCAGAAGAAGUAUGAUGAAGCCGUUUCCAUUUGCACAGAGCUGAUGCAUCUUGCAUUGGAAGGAUUGUCCUAUUACCAUACUUACGACAGACUGUUUUUGGUCAUCAAUGUUGUUCUUGGUUUUGUGGGCUGGACCUCUUAUGUUUCUCUGCUGAUCAUCAAGUCUCAUUCCAACCUUGCCAGAGGCAUUAAGAAAGAAGUUAAGAAACCAAGCCUUCUCCUGCUAUCUAGCUUUGUGGCUCUCGGCGCAUUCAUAACGGUUUUCCUGCUGGUUCAGUCCUGUCCCUGGACAUAUUACGUGUAUUGUCUGUUGCCACUGCCAAUAUGGUAUGCAGUUCUAACAGAAUUUCAGGUUAUUCAAGACCUUUUCUCCUCGCUGUUGACCUUCCCUCCAAGUCACUUUGUUGGCUGCCUGCUAGCCUUUACCACGGGGAUUGAAAUAUUAGUCCUCAGUUUUUUCUAUCGCCACAUGCUCACUGCUGGACUCACUGCAUUUGCUGGCUGGCCAUUCGUCACGCAGCUGUGGACUCGGGCAAAGAGUACCGCAUCAAGUUGGAUUUGUUGCUGUUUGCUGCUGGCAGUCUUCCCAAUGAUGCCUGUUGUAGGCCGAAGCCCAAACAUCUCUUUAGUAAUGUGUGCGGGCUUGCUGGUUCUUCUGAUCUCCUCAUUUGUUGUAACAUCCCUCAUAAGAAGACUUGAUUUUGUAAAUGAAGAGCUGUAUUUAUAUAUUGUGCAGAUCCUGAGCGUGGUGCUUUCUAUGUGUGUUGUAUAUAGCACCCAUUGUAGUUUGGACAGGAAAGAAGGACUCCCUUCUCUCAAUCAGAUUGUCAGCUGGGUACUCUUAGCCUCUUCCUUCCUGGUGCCACUCCUGAGUUCCACGAUGCUCUUUGAACGACUCUUCAGCAUCUUUCUAGCCUUGAUGUCAACCUACUUGCUUCUAAGCACUGGGUACGAAGCUCUCUUUCCAUUGGUGUUGUCAUGUUUGAUGCUUGCCUGGAUACACAUGGAGCACGAAACCUUUCAACAAUCUGCAAUUUCCUACAAACAGAAGAUCAGCAGUUUCCAAUUCGCCUGUAAUCCUGACCUAACUCCACACCGGCAGCUCUAUCUCGAUGACCUACGUAGAGCUUUCUUCCUUGUUUUCUUCUUGGUGACAGCAUUUUUUGGAACUGGAAACAUAGCAUCUAUUAACAGCUUUGAAGUUGCCUCAGUCUAUUGCUUUUUGACCAUGUUCAGUCCUUUUAUAAUGGGAGCCUUAAUGCUGUGGAAGAUUAUAAUACCCUUUAUUGUUGUGAUGUGUGCUUUUGAAGCAGUUCAGCUAACUUCCCACUUACCAUCAAAAAGUCUUUUCCUCAUGGUUCUUGUCAUAUCGGACAUUAUGGCUUUGCAUUUUUUCUUCUUGGUCCAGGAUCAUGGCAGCUGGCUUGAUAUUGGAACCAGCAUCAGCAACUACGUGAUCGUCAUGUGCAUGACCAUCUUCCUGAUGCUUCUCACGGGACUGGCGCAGCUGCUCACCACACGGAAACUCAGACCCUGGGGCAAAACCAAGAGCCAUUUCCGUUGAUGUUACUGGGGUUACCUU